AUGCUCAGACAAUUUCGUCCGGUUGCUCUUUUGGCAAGAUGCCGGCCUUCCCAGAGGCUUUUGAGCUCGAUUCAUUCUGCCGCUGUUCACAGACCACAAACCCGGGUGGUUCCUGCGGUCAAAUUCUUUAACAGUCCGUCCGUUCGUCGUUAUGGUGUUUUGGAGGAGGACUCGCACGCUCCGGUGAUUGAUUUCGCCAAGGUGAAGAGUAUUGCUGAGGAGAAGAAACCCGACGUGGUUCUUGUUGACACUAGAGAGCCAGAAGAGUACGCAGAGGGCCAUAUUCCUGGUGCUGUUAAUAUCCCUGUGAACUCCAGUCCUGGAGCUUUGGGACUGCCAGAGGAGAAAUUCGAAUCCACCUUUGGAUUCCCAAAGCCAGAACCAUCCCAGACCCUGGUGUUCUACUGUCUGGCCGGCGUUAGAUCGACCAUGGCCGAGGAGCUUGCCGGAACCUUUGGAUACGACAAGAGACUCAAUUAUGUCGGAUCUUGGGCCGAUUGGACCGACAAGAAGGGACCUGUUGAGGUUCCAAAGCAGGAGAAACCAGAACCUGAAGCAGACAAGAAAUAA